CCAAAAACAAACACCAGCAACUCCACAGAUCCACAAUCUACCAUCACAGCUAGCUUCAGAUCCAACAAUCUACUUAUUCUAUCAUUAAAAACUCUCCACAAAUCUCACCUAACACAACAACUAUACCAACCAUGGCAUUCGUCCUUACACCUAGUUUUGCACCCGCCUACCAGGCACCGCAGCACAACCCUUUCGGCUUCUGUGCCCCAGUAGUACGGUCUCCACAUGGCUAUCGCGUUUCACGACCUCAGCCUCGCCGCCCACAGUACCCACAAUACAACUUCUUCAGUCAGGUCAAUGACUUGCUGAGUGAGAUUGACCGCGAGGCACGACGCCAGGCCCAGCUCGAGGCUCACCGCGAAGCACAGCGCGAGGCCUACCGCCAAAGGAUGCUGCAAAGAAAGCGUGCACUUCGCGCUAAUUUCAGUGUAAACCCAAUCGAACAGGGCUGGCAAGUAGAGGGAGAUAUUCAGGGCUUCGACUCGCAAAACCUUGCCAUCGAAGUCACCGACGAGCACACCUUGAAGAUUUCCGGAAACACGCAAUGGCAGUCGGAGAAGCCACAGACCCAGACAGAGUUGCCUCAGACCGAAGCUCCACAAGUUGCUGCUCUUCCGCCUGCUGGUGAGGAGUCCAACGAAAAGGCCGCCGAAAUAACGCAAAACGAGCCAGAAGCCGAGACUACUGGAGUCGAGACUACUGAAGCCGAGGCUAUCGAAGCAGAGAGCACGACUGCUGGUGUAGCCACUCCAGACAGCGACACUGCUUCGCACAAGUCGUACCAACCCACUGUUGAAGACGACUUUGAGGAUCUCGGCGCUGAUUUCCCAUCAUCGAGGCCUUCCACACCAUCAUCGGAGCCGACCGAGCCCAAAGAGCCAAAGGGCAAGGAAAAGGCAGUCGAAGAGCCCGUAGCUGCUGAGAGCGCUGUGGUACACCAGCCACAACAAGUCGAGCAAACGCAGCAGCAGCCGCAACCUGAGGAGCAACGUGUUCAUGGAUCGUUUGAACGCUCAUUCAAAUUCCCCAGCCGCAUCGACGUUGCAAAUGUAAGCGCCAGCUUCAAGAAUGGCAUGCUGAGGGUCACUGUUCCAAGGGCACAGGCCCCACAGGUUAGGAAGAUCACCAUCCAAUAGGAUAGUGGUGAUCAGGAAGAGGAACGACGAUGGAGCAGCAAAUGCAUGAUUCAGGCGUCUGGAUGGUAAUGAGUGGGUAGCAUAUGCAUGGAUUUUGUUUCUGCAAGGGAUUUGUACGAUCUGGUACGUGAUGGUUGAUUAUGAGUAGUAAAUGGAUGAUUUGCAAUUUUACGUUGACUGCUCCACACUUUCUUGAGUGAAUGUGCAUAAAUUUCUACGAAGAAUUAAUCAAUGAC